CUCGUACCUCUAUAUACAUCAAUUAUCAACUCUUUUAGAUGCCGGGCAUUGCUUUGCCUGCCAGCCUGGCCUGACCUGCCUUCCAAGGGGGCAAGCGGUCGUGCCUCAAGGGCCACAGCCUAGGAAGCCUGGAUGGAUGAAGGCAUCGCCUUGUCAACGGUUGCCGGCAAGCUGGUGUUUACGACUGACCCUGGGUCUCUCAAGCGUGAAAAGGAGCUUCUCCUUGCCAACCAGAAGUUGACUGCCGACCUCGAAAGAUUGCAAGAACGCCUGUCAUUUGUUGAGGAGUUGAUUGGACCCACGGAAACUCAGCGGAAGACGUAUCAAAUUCAGCUGACCUCGGCCAGAGAUGCAGCGCUUCGAGUUGCACACAGCUGCUCCGGUUCGAUACCCACUCGAUGUGUUGGGCGUUUGGAUGAGACAUGGCUUCGAUCCAGAGGUCUCACAGAUCAAGAGUGUAGUAUGCUCCAGCGUGGCUGUGUUUCUGGGGACAACGGAGUACCUACUGACAUUUCGAUGCUGGGAGAUCCUUCAUUCUGCCCUUACGACAAGCAGACACUCCAGCCAAAAUGGGAGGCCAAGGGAGGCUUUUUGCAACUGAGCUUGGCAGAUGUUCGUGAUAAGUGGGGAGAAGAGGUUGCUUUGGAACUGGUGCGCUGUGCCAUCGAGCUGGACAGGCACGAUGCAAGUCGGCGGCUGGGGGUGGAACUGCCCUGGAACGAGAAGGAAGACCGUGAAUUUGAUGCUGCUGAAGUGAUCGGGUUGCUUGGGCAGCAGCUCCUUGCAGCAAAAUGCUGCGGUGUAGGUGCGGUUUGUGACCGUUUGGCUGAUGACGAUGAGGAGAGCGAAUGGGGUGGCCUUCCUCGGUCUGAAGUUGUUUCCCCAGCUGAUGGUGGUGAGGGUGGGAGAUCAAGAGCAUGGUCAAUGCUUGAAGCCAUGAUGAACGACCUGGGGCUCAACACCAGAACCACAUCAGCACCAACUUCGGGCGGUGCGGAGUGUCCAAGAGUUGAGGAGCCAGACACUGACGACGAAGUCGUGCAGGAGGCACUCGAGGAACAGGGACUUGCGGAGGAGGCAGCAGAGCAGGAUAUUCAGCAGCUGCUCCAUGAACCUCCAACUCUCCUGUUGUCUUGUCCGCUGACACAAACACAGCCAACCAGUCAACAGAAGACUUCCACAUCCAGGAACAUACUCGCUUCAUCUAGAGCACAGACACCAUGCUCGGGAUCUUCUACACACACCAGAGGCACCCACACAGUGAGCUCGGAUACUAGCAUCGCAGCCAGCUCCUCCCCAACUCGGGAGGUAGCAAGGGCUUUGACCGUGUCUCAGGAGGCAGCCAGCAACGAGACGCUUUUUUUGCAGCUUCUUGAGGACGAAGUUGGGGGAAAUCGCCUGUGCCUCCCUGGAUCACCAGACACAUCUGGAGCGACAUCGCCACUAUCUUCAUUGCCCAGCCCAUGACGGACGGUGCAAUGUCCGGCCACGAUUUCGGGCAUACAGCCUCGAGUGGACAUGGCCCCAUCAUUUGGUGGAACUUGUAUCUUCAAUCAUUCAUUGCUGCUGGCUUUCUUUUUGGCCAGCCACCUCUAGUUGUGUGUCAUAGAUCAAAGUUUUGAGAGGACAGCAAGUUCUUGCUCUCUCAGCAACGCAAUCGUCGCACUGCCCAACGCAUUGCGAACAGCAAACCGAUUUCUGAAAAUGUAGCUGGCAUGAUGCAGCAAAGCACGGAAUGCCGCAAUGCCCCAUGAUUUAGCGCAUACGUAGACAAUUAUUGUGGUGACGCAACAGCAAAAUCUCAGUGGUUCUUGCUUCUUCGGCUCUUCGCAGCGCAGUACCAGUGCUGACUUUGGAGGCCAUGCACCAAG